AGAGUGGUUGCUUAUUUGUUUGAUUGUAUUUUUUCUUUCACUAGAAUGAAUUGACAGAUUCAGAAUGUUUGAUGGGUAUUACAAUUAAUGAAUUGACAGACUCAGAAUGUUUGAGGGCAUAUGAAGAAUGGGUGGACGAUCAAGCAUUCGCGGAUCUCACUAUUCCUGCAGAAUCCCAGGGGUCCCAGCAUAACAUGACCCCUCAGCCUUCCACAAGCCGCACAGCACAAAGUCCGCUAGGAGAACCGUCCUGCAAAAAAGCAAAAAUGGAUGGCGCCGGGCUUCCUGAAUCCCUAGCAGACAGUGUUAGUUGUGAUACUAUGACUGUCUCUCAACCAGAAGAGGAUACACACCAUACUAUGUCCCAGCUACAAGCUCCUAGCUCUGUAAACUCUCAAAAUGUGAACAAUGUUUAUCUGGAUAUGGUGCAGGCGUGGGAAAAUCCUAUCCGGAAUUUUAGAGCUGUGGAAUAUUAUCAGAGAUAUAGAUUUAUUAAUCUUGAUCAAAUCCGAUCUUUUGUAGUUGCUAUAGAGGCCAUACAUAAUGUGAUACAGAUUCUUUUGAAUAACGUAGCCAUGAACAUCGGCCCAAAUGAUUUUGUUCAACUACGGUUGGAUGCAGAGGGGUUAAACCAUCCCGUCUUUUCUCAUAGGAGGUGUAUGAAUGAUUUAAACGCUGAUGAUUUUCUCACCAGUGUUGAAAAUCUGCUACAAAGUAAGGCUGAGAUAUUGUGGGGGGGUGAUUUGCAAUUAGUGGUUACCAUCGUGAAGAACAAGGAGGGAGGGGGGCUUAGGAAGUUAAAUACUUUGCUGCUUACCAAAGUACUGGAGAAAAAAAGACAGCAUCUAGUAGAUUUCAAUGUGGAAGGCGAAUUUCUUUGUUUUGCCAGCUGUUUGCUCUGUCUGAUUGGUUCUGAUGGUAGUAAGCAAGAAAUUAUUACCAAGGCCAGGGAACUUCACAGCAAACUGGGUAUAUCCACAGGAAACAGGAUUGACUUUUCUCAGGUACACAUCUUUGAAAAACAUUUACAGGUCACUAUAAAGAUCUUGUUUUACAUGCAGGACGGGUGGCGUUUUUUUGUUACAGGUCACCCGCAGCAAGAAAAAAUAGUAUUUAUAUUAUUGCACGACAGGCAUUACUAUGGUGUUAAAAAUAUCAAGGGCUUUCUGGGCGAACGCUAUUUUUGUAAAUUCUGCCACACGGCUUAUCACCACAAAUUUAGUCACGGGUGCCAAUAUAUUUGCAGAGCGUGCCUAAAGCAAGAGUGUCAGCAGGUUGAGGUGGAGAAGGGGCUGUGCUGUAGGUGCAAAGCACCUUGUCGGUCUAAGGAAUGUGCUGAAAGACAUGCACAACUCGCUAAGGAGGGAAAAGUUGAGUGUAAGACUAAACAAUAUUGUGAAAUGUGUGGUCUUUAUGUCUUUACCCCCCACAAAAAGUGCAAGGAAGUCAAAUGUGGGCAGUGCUCUGAGAAGGUAGAAAGCUUGGAAGGUCAUUUAUGCUUUCUAAAAUCGUUGGACCGACCACGAAUUGGCGAAAGAUAUAUUAUUUAUGAUUUUGAAUGCUGCCAAGACCGUUUGGAUGAUGAGAUGCGCAACAUACUUCAGAGGCAUGAUUUGAGUGAGGAUGACAAGAUUAAGCUCUACAAUUCUGUACUGCAGAGGUAUCUAAGACUGACCAGGCAAAAUGAGUCUGAAAAGGACAAACUGAAUCUCAUUUAUCCACCGGGGGAGCCUCAACCACCUCCAACAUUACCAGAGCAGCCACCACAAACAACUCCACAGACCACCGGUAUGGAUGAUAUCCUAAGCGGUGUGAGCACUCGUUAUAGGAAAAAUGCAGAACUUUUGCUGAACAAAAUGAAACAGCACCAGGACGUCUCAACCUGGGAUGAACGGGGUACCUUUUUAUACAAAGGUGUACCUAUUCCCGGUACUAAUAUUUUAGACUUGGUGAAAGGCGCCUCGCAACACCGAGCCCCUACGGAGAAGCGGAAACCUAAAGGAUGGGAUGAUUUUAUGAAUGCUAUGGCCGAAGUGAAUGUUCCAACUUCUGUGUUGGGUUCUACUGCCGUUAAAGAGCAAAUAGAAAAGUUGAAAGAUACUCUGGCUGUUAAGGAUGAAACUGCUGCUAGUCCCGACUCUGUUAUGACAGCCCCUUUUGGGGCUCAGAAGACUAUGUUUACAGGAACACCCUCUAGCCCUUGGACAAUAAAACCUAGAAGCCAGCUCAGGUUUGGUGACUGGCUCAAUUUUUAA